GGCAUUAUUAUCUGAGCAAGGCACGCACGAGGCCCGGCGCUGACGAGCACGCCAUCGUGUGCCUGGCACGCGCAAGAUGAUGCGACACGCGAGGCGUCGCAUCAUCGUGCGCGUGCGACCACCCGACCAUCCACAACUGACAAAUCCGCCAGCUGCGCCGUUCCAUGGGUACCUCCCUACCCAAGGUAGCCACUUGAUCAAAUGACGACCUGUUCCUUCCUCGACAUGGCCGAGACGGACAACCUCAGCUUGCAACGGCCAAAGUUCCACACCAAUGCUAUUCAAGCUCCCGUUUAACACAUAAAGGCCUCCGUUUAGCAAACAAAGGCCUCCACGGCCGGCGCUCUCAUCUUUGCACCCCUGCGACCUUCAGGCCACAGACACAGACAAAGGCCGCCCAUAAUGUCUGGGACCGCAGCCGAAGACCCUGGCACGCAGCCGCUCCUGCGCCCCUUUAGUCCGGGCGGUCCGGGGGCAGACUACAGCAGCAUCCGCAAGUCGACCGAUUCCGACGCCUCGGUCGAGUCCCGAGCCGAAGGCGCCGACGUGGGCAGGUCAGUCGAGGACGGCGUGGGCAGGUCAGUCGAGGACGACGUGUUGCCCGAGACAGCCGUGCUCGGGCGGAACCUCGGAUGGAGCAGCGCCUACAUCCUCAUCAUCUCGCGCGUCAUCGGCAGCGGCAUCUUUGCCACCCCCGGCACGAUCGUCUCAUCCGUCGGCAGCAUCGGCUUGAGUCUGCUGCUUUGGAUUGCCGGCGCCCUGGUCAGCUGGUGUGGGCUAGCAGUCGCUCUUGAGUACGGAACCAUGCUCCCCCGGUCUGGCGGCACCAAGGUCUACCUCGAGUUCACCUACCGAUGGCCGCGAUUCCUCGCUUCGACCCUCGUCGCCGUGCACGCCGUCGUCCUGGGCUUCACCGCCAGCAACUGCAUUGUUUUCGGGGAAUACAUUCUUUUUGCGUCCAGCAAGGAGCCCGACCCGGCCGCGGUCAGACUGCUUGCCGUCGCACUCAUGACGAGCGUGACCGUCAUGCACGGCUGUUUUCUGCGGACGGGCAUCUUCGUGCAGAACAUGCUGGGAUGGGUCAAGAUCGGGCUGGUGGCGUUCAUGGUCGCUGCCUCGGCCGCCGUGGUCGUUUUGGGAUACAGUCGGGACUUUGACGACCACGGCACCGCCUCUAGACAGGCCGAAUUCCCGACGACUUGGGACGGUCUGUGGGAAGGCUCUGUGUGGAACUGGGGCAUUGUUAGCACUGCCCUUUUCAAGGUCUUCUACUCCUACGCCGGCCUCGAGAACGUCAACAACGUCAUGAACGAGGUGCGGGACCCCGUGCGUACUCUCCGCUCGGCGGCCACGACGGCGCUCAUUACGGCGUGCUCGCUGUACUUUCUCGUCAACGUGGCCUAUUUCCUUGUUGUGCCACUCGACGACAUCAAAGAGAGCGGCGAGCUGAUUGCCGCCCUAUUCUUCGAGCGCGUCUUUGGCCCGACGUUUGGCCGCAUCUUUCUGCCCCUGGCCGUUGCCGUGUCGGCAGCAGGAAAUGUGAUGGUCGUCACUUUUGCUCUGUCGCGUCUCAACCAAGAGAUUGCACGGCAGGGCUUCUUGCCAUUUGGCAGCGGGUUCUUGUCGUCGUCGCUCCCCUUCGGCGCUCCUCUCGGCGGCCUUCUGGUGCACUAUGUCCCGUCUGUCGUGGUUAUUUGCAUCCCCGCCAAGAACAUUUACUCCUUCAUCCUCGAUGUUGAGGGCUACCCAGGCCAAUUUUUCUCUCUGGCAACAUCCUUGGGUCUCAUCUGGCUGAGGACAAAACGGCCCGACCUCCAAAGACCCUACACGGCGUUUCUGCCAGCCGUAUGGUUCAGGAUUCUUCUGUCUCUGGCUCUCAUCACCGCGCCCUUUGUGCCGCGCGCUGGGGAGGAGGGCAGUGCCCAUCUGUUCAGAGUCAGCUACGCUCUUGUCGGGAUAUCGGUAAUCCUGUUCGGCGUGCUGUACUGGCUUUUCUUGGCAGUGUUGUUACCAUCUUGGGGCCAAUACCGACUCGAAGAGGCUGCAGAUGUGCUUUCCGAUGGAACCACCGUUACAAGACUGGUCAGAGUGCCACGAGAAGACAACACAUAAAGCACAUGAUUAUCCCAAACCAGAAAUUACUUACCAACUUAACUUAAUGACCAUGUAGUAAUUAGGGACAGGUACUGAACCUCCCUGGUUACCCUUCGCUUGUCUGACGACUUUUGCCCCUCGUGCUCACGCCAAGGACUCCAUGCAUGAUGACGCGGGCUAGAAAUACCACCUGGUGC